GAAUGGAAAACAAUCUCUAAAUAAUGGAAUCUUUCUAGAUAAGGGGAUGAAAAGAGUGGGGAGUGCAAGUUCCAGCUCAUACGAAACUAGGAGAUCCAAAAGAUGACGUGUAAAUCAUAUUCCUCCUAAUAUCAUGCCAUUCAUGCAGAUAUGGCAAUCACUAAACCCCCCGAAGAUUUAAAUUUCCACUCACCUAACCGAACGCACCACAAUUACAGCUUCUUCUCUGCUCCAUUUUCGCCCAUUGAAAUAACGGCCCACUGAUUCUCGUAAUCCCGUUCAAGAAAAAAAAAGGCAACAAUCCCUCCGACAUGGAAGCCGCUGCUGCAACUCCGAUGGAACCCAUGGAUGUGGAAGAAGCCUCCAAACUGCAACCCAAGGGAUUUGGGAUCAACAAGUACACCUUAAUUUGCUCCAUUUUGGCCUCCACCAACUCCAUUUUGUUGGGCUACGAUAUUGGAGUAAUGAGUGGGGCUGUGCUCUACAUCGAAGAGAAUCUCAAAAUCUCAUCCACCCAAGUGGAAAUCCUUGUGGGGUCGCUAAACGUACUCUCUCUAGUCGGCUCUCUCGCUUCCGGCCGGACCUCUGAUUCAAUCGGCCGGCGAUACACGACAUUCCUCGCAUCCACCACGUUUCUAAUCGGCGCGUUGUUAAUGGGUCUUGCCCCAUCUUUUCCUCUUCUCCUAGCCGGUCGUAUGAUCGCUGGCGUCGGCGUCGGUUACGCCCUCAUGAUCGCCCCUGUCUACACGGCGGAGCUCUCUCCGGCCACAUCCCGCGGCCUUCUCAGUUCAUUCCCGGAAAUCUUCAUCACGUUCGGUAUUUUACUGGGCUACAUCAUCAACUAUGCUCUGUCCGGCCUGCCACCGCACAUCAACUGGAGAAUCAUGCUCGGAAUCGCCGGAAUACCAGCGCUGGGCGUCGGAUUGGGCGUUCUGACAAUGCCCGAAUCCCCACGUUGGUUAGUCAUGAAGGGCAAAUCGGAAGAAGCCAAAAAGGUGUUAAUCAAAAUCUCCACCAACGAAAUCGAAGCAGAGGAGAGACUGAAGUCAAUAACCGAAGCCGUAGCCGCAGCCGCGCCCGGCGGCAAAUGGAACGGACAAGGGGUUUGGAAGGAACUACUGAUAAAACCCACAAAGCCAAUCCGCCGAAUACUAAUAGCCGCCAUCGGAAUCAACUUCUUCAUGCAAGCAUCAGGAAACGACGCCGUAAUGUACUACUCACCGGAAGUAUUCCGCGCAGCCGGAAUCCAGCGAAAACGGCAUCUGUUCAGCGUGAACGUGGUAAUGGGCGUUACAAAGACCUGCUUCGUUCUAUUCUCGGCACUGUACCUAGACCGAUUGGGAAGGCGGCCGCUUUUACUAGUGGGGUCAGCCGGGAUGACAGUGGCGCUAGGCUUACUAGCCCUGGGCUCAAAAGCAAUGGAAAUGGGAAAAGGCAGGCCAACAUGGGCCGUAGUAUUGAGCAUAGUAGCAUUAUGUGGAGACGUGGCAUUAUUUUCAAUUGGGCUUGGGCCGAUAGCGUGGGUGUACUCAUCGGAGAUAUUCCCGAACAGGAUGAGGGCGCAGGGGUCGAGCCUGGCGGUAUCAGUGAACAGAUUGGUGAGCGGAGUGGUAUCGAUGACAUUUCUGAGCAUAUCAGAAGAGAUUACGUUUGGAGGCAUGUUCAUGGUGCUAUCGGGAAUAAUGGCACUGGGUACCCUCUUCUUUUACUUCUUUUUGCCAGAGACUAAAGGAAAAAGCUUGGAGGAGAUGGAGGUCCUGUUCCAGGACAAGGACACAAACAGUACUACGCCUGUGCAGAUUGAAGAGACAUUGUAGUCCUCCUCCUCCUCUACCUCUUCCCUUAAUUUCUUCAUCACUUUAUGUUCAUGUUUUGCGUAGCAUUGUGGAUCAUCAUGGAUGAGCUGAUGAACUGAUGAGCUCUCAUAGGAUCAAAGUUCAUUGUUUAUUAUUAAGAUGAGCAUAGCUUAGUUGGGCUUAAA